UCUGCUCGGCUCCACCAGCAGGUGUUUCAGAAUCGUCCGCAAUGGAAGCAGUCAAGGACAUCACGGAGACGGCGGCCGUGGACCUGGGGGACCUGCUGGACGCCGGGGACGGCGCUGUGGUGACGCUGACGGCGGGCGACACGCGGCUGUUGGCGCACAGGGCCGUCCUGGCGGACAGGAGCCCCGUGUUCGCCGCCAUGUUCGCCCACGACACCCUCGAGGCCAGCAGCGGCGCGGUGAGCAUCCCGGACGUGGGGGGCCCGGUGCUGAGGCAGCUGGUCUCCUACCUGUACACCCUGCGGGCCCCCCAGCUGCCCGGCACGGCCCCCCAGCUGCUGGCCGCAGCGGAUAAGUAUGGGGUGUCGCGGCUGAAGGCGGAGUGCGAGCGGCAGGUGGCCGCUCAGCUGACUGUCGAGACCGCGGCGGCCGCAGCCGUACUCGCAGUCCGCCACUCCUGCAGUGACCUCAGGCGAGCCGCCAUCGAAUUUAUUAAGACCUGUCCCUUCGAGGUGAUGGCCACUCAGGGGUGGGCAGAUGCCAUGCGGAAGCAGCCGGAAGACUUGAUCGAAGUGAGCCGGUUGCUGUAUGAUCCACCACCAAAAAGCAGCACACCAGCCGUCACCGCCACUACCGCCACUGCCACCGCCACCACUGAUGCCACCACCGCCACCGCCACCACCACCACUGCCAACGCACCCCGCCGGACACCUGCUGCAGCUGCACUUCCCACAUCUCCUCCACCUGGAGAAGCCACUGUCUCUCACAUGCGCCCACCAGCCGCUACACGGCUGAGGCCCGCCACCACCACCGCCGCCGCCGCCGCCGCCGCCGCCGCCGUCGCCACUGCCGCCACCACCUCCACCACCACCACCACCAACACCGCCACAGCUGCCACCACCACCACUGCCAGCACAACCCACCAGACUCCUACUGCUGCUGCUGCACCGCCCACGACUCCUGCGCCUGAUCAUGCCACUGUCUCUCACUUGCGGAGCCUCUCUGCAGAGGAGCGGGGAUGGAGGCUGGUCGAGGCGGUUAAGCAGGGGGCAGUGGGGGAGCUGAGGGCGCUGAUCGCCGCAGGGGCCGACGUGGGGGUGAGGGGCGGGUGGAGGGGGUGGACCGGCCUGCACUGGGCAGCACGCAGGGGAGACGUCGAGGCGGUGAGGCUGCUGGUGGUGGCGGGGGCUGCGGUGGACGCCAGGGAUGGCGGUGGGUGGACGCCGCUGCAUGUUGCGGCAGCCAGGGGCCACGCAGAAGUGGCGGCAGUGCUGCUCGAUGCAGGGGCCGACAGGGGGGCCACAACUGGUGGUGGGCGGACAGCGCUGGACAUCGCCAGGCAGUGCAACCACAGGCGGCUGGUGGAGAUGCUGUCAUGAGGCAGACAGUCCAGCGAACUCUGUGCAAAAAAAGCGAACUGAAACAAUUUGUAGGAGAGCAAUAUUCAUAACUUUUUAAAUAAAGAUGCAAAAAACUCAA